AUGGUCUUGGGCUGGGUUAAGGACGUGACGCAGUAUCAGAACGCUCUUGCCGACGAACAGGUGAUCAACUUCUACCACUGGCUUCGCUCUGCCUCCUCCCUCUUCUACGAUCCGGCCCUCCGACGAACUCUUCAGAAGCUAAUGAAAAAGAGGAACACCACUGUCUUGCGAAUUGAGGCUGUGCUGUGGCUCGAUCCCGAGGGAGCUGUGGCUCGUUUUGUUGAUUGUGUGGGAGAUUUUCUCAUAAUCGACCUUAAUUGCUCUCUUUCCACGUCCGUCCUCUUCCGAUACUCAGGAAAUCUUUGGGUGCCUUCGUUUGAUAGGGAUCGUUCAACCGACAGGGGCCAGGCUUCACUCACUGGAUCCGCAUUCAUCCCCAGUCCUCUCGACCUAGUCUUGUCACCAAGACUCGCUGGACGUGGGGAGAGCGUGAGCGAGAUAGCUACUGUGCCAGUCGUCUUUCUUAAACUGGUGGAUGAACUGAAUCAGAGCCAGGGGCUUGACGUAAUCUUUGCUAGCUACAGUCGUCUCGUGCUGUGUACUCACCGAUUUGACGUGGCGGAUGCCCUUUCCCGAGCUGACAGUUUGCUCAAACUGCUGCGCAGUAAGGCUCUUUUUGUUCACCUGGAUCUGCAGUACUCCUGCAGCUGGUAUCAACUCCUCUGGUACGAUACUGCUAACUACGCCGGUCUUAAGGUCGAUUUGGAAGCCCUCGAAGCCGAGGCCGAACGCAAGUCAGAGGAGGAUACGACUACCAAGGAGGCUGAAUUCACUGUUGACAUGUCCUGGCACCUUGCUCGUUAUCUGCCUGAGACUCGUGGUCUCCGUGCCAAAUUUCAAACCCUUAUUGCCGGCUACUUGCUGGCCACGAACAGGGCAGUGAACAUGGAGGCAAAGCGCCUUGUGGAGUGUGGAGUAAGCCUCUCACAGCCACCCGACGAAAACACACCACCGGUAGUCGGAAAUGCGGACGCUUCACUCUCACCUGGCGUACUCGACUUCCUUGAUAGUCUGGUGCGUGAGCAGUUAGCACCGGAACUGUAUGGUUUUGUGCAGCGACUGAAGCUUAAGGCCGGCUCCUGGUGCCCCACCGGUGAUAUGACUACUUCCACAGGAGGCCGUCAACUACGUCGUCGCUACACACCCGAGGAUAUUGCAGCCUACCUGGACGAGAAACCGGAGUUGGGCGAGGAGGUGCAGGGGGAUGAGGGUGGCGAGAAUGCAGUUAUCAGGCGGCCACCCCCUCCUCUGUUGCCCCCACAUCCAGCCGAGUACUCUGCCUCACUGACACCCAUUAUGGAUUUUGUGAGGUCGCUUUGCGAGGUGGCGGACAUGCGUCGUGACCUCCUUCGUCUCCUGGGCGUGGGCGAGUUCUCCAAAGAUGCUGUCUGGGUUCCGCCCUACAUCACCGUCUCACCGGAGGUACCAGACAGUCGUCGCUCUCUCCUCGUCUACCUGCCGGAGGUCACCUGCAGCACCUGCAAUUCGAUUCGUGACCUAGACGUGUGCAGAGACACGCAUUUAACUUUUGUGCCGGCUACUAGUGGUGGCAGUGGUUACUGGUUACCCAUCUGUCCCCACUGUGGAUCGCCCUAUCCCCGAUCGAAGCUCGAGGCAGGACUCAUAUCGCAGGUCGAACAGACGGUCCUGCAAUUUACUCUUCAGGAUCUGCGCUGCCCCAACUGUGUCAUCGGCGGCGGCAUUCAGGAAUCCGUUCUAGCGAAGGGUGGUUCUGUAGGACGUUGUGCUGACUGCGCUUCUCCCUUGGAGCUCACCGUCGCAGCCGGUCAAGCCCUAUCUCGUAGACUGGCUGUUUUUUCUGCUAUUGGCCGUUGCUUCAAUCUUCGCAGCUUGGAACAAAUGGCUAAUUGGUUGGGUCAAGGUCAACUUGGUGGCUUCGUCUGA